GACGCGGUCGGAGGCAGCUCCGGGGCGGUGGAGAUGGAGUUCUCCAGCCGAGCGAGGCAGAAGCAUUUGCGUCUGGCUGGGGACCGGCGGGAGCUGUACCCUCACAGCCUGCAGUUCUACCUGGAGCCCCCCACGGAAAGCAUCUCGCUGGUGGAGUUCGAGAGCUUUGCCAUCGACCGCCUGAGGCUGCUCAAAGUAGUUGAAAACCUUGGCGUGAGCUAUGUAAGAAAUACUGAUUCGUACAAAUCUAAGCUGGAGAAUGAGCUCCGGAAACUUAAGUUUCCCUACAAAGCUUUGGCUGAGGAUGAUUAUGAGGCAAGAAGAAAAGAUCAUAUCUCUCAUUUCAUACUACGCCUUGCUUACUGCCAGUCUGAGGAUCUCAGGCGUUGGUUUCUUCAACAAGAAAUGGAUCUCUUCCGGUAUCGGUUCAACGAACUAACUGAAAGUUUAAUGCAGAAAUUCCUGGAACACGUUAACUUAUCAUUUGAAGCUGUUAGUGAAGAUGAGAAAACUGAACUGACAAAUGAGCUGUGUGCAUCAACUCCUGGCCUCAGUCUCCCUAAAGUAAAAGAACAAAUGUUCUAUAAGGUUGGACUUGUGGAUGCUGUAGAUCUUUUUAGAACCAGAAGAGUGUUUAUUAAAGAUGGCUUUGCAUACGUGCCAUUUAAGGAGAUUGAUGCGAUUGUUUUGAAUAACUAUAGAACAAAAUUAUCUAAAGCAUUAGCGCUGACAGCACGAUCGCUACCUUCCAUACAGUCUGAUGAGAGACUACAACCUCUGCUUAAUCAUCUCAGCCAUUCUUAUGUUGGCCCAGAUUACAGCGUCCAAAAGAACACUGGAAAAAUUUCUCUAGAGCAGAUUGAUGCUCUUUCGGUGAAGUCAUUCCCUCUGUGCAUGCGGCAGCUGCACAGAGCGCUGCGCGACAACCAUCACCUCCGUCACGGGGGCCGGAUGCAGUACGGGCUGUUCCUGAAGGGCAUCGGCUUGACUCUGGAACAGGCACUGGAGUUCUGGAAGAAAGAGUUUAUCAGAGGAAAAGUGGAUGCAGAUAAGUUUGACAAAGGAUAUGCUUACAGCAUUCGCCACAGCUAUGGGAAAGAAGGAAAGAGAACUGACUAUACCCCAUACAGCUGCAUGAAGAUUAUCAUGUCCAAUCCACCAAGUCAAGGGGAUUAUCAUGGGUGCCCAUUCCGCCACAGUGAUCCUGAGCUACUGAAGCAAAAGCUGCAGUCAUACAAGAUCCCUCCCAGUGGAAUAACUCAGAUCCUGGAGUUGGUGAAGGGCAUGCAUUACCAGCUGGCCUGUCAGAAGUACUUUGAGUUGACACAUGAGGUUGAUGACAUUGGAUUUUCGUUGAAUCAUCCUAAUCAGUAUUUUACAGAGAGUCAAAGGCUGUUAAGUGGUGGUAGAGAACCGAAGAAGGAAUUAAGUAAUUCAGGAAACUCUCAACAAAAAAAUAAUAGUCAGGAAAGCAUGAAUUCGAAUUCGACUCCAGCCUCUUCAAAUACAACAGCUGAUACAGAACUGGAGGGACUGGAGGCCUACUUCACUGAAGACUAAGGAGCUGUGUUACUUGGGUGUUAUUUCUGUUAUUUUUUUCUUUUUUUAUCCUUCUCUUCUCUAGCUGGAUUUGUCUCUCUAUUAAGGGAUAUGCACUUCACUACCUGGAAUACACAGACAUUUUUUGAAUAGACUGAAAAAAGAAAGAUAGAUAUUGAAGCUGUAAUUGCAUCCACUACCUAUUCUUGCUUCUUUGUGAGGCUGUUUUCUAUGGCAUGUUUAUGGUUGGGAAAUGCAAGUUCCUUCCCAAUUAUUAGGUGAUUUUUGUCUGAUUUACCUUUUUUUUUUGUUUGUUUUCUUCAAAAUGUUCAAAUAUUUUUAUCCCAUUUUGUGGCCAGUUUUCUAUGUAUCUUCUUAAUAAAUAAUUUGCAAAGCAAAAGGUUUUUGUAUUUUCUUUUUAGCUGUAUUUGGAUGGUAAUUAAGUAGGGGUUCUUAUGAUCAAAAUUACCCUCUGGAGGAGUUAGUCUGUCUCUUCUAUAUGAGCAGCUGAGAAAAAUCAGCUUCCUCAUUUGUACCUUGACAAGAGAUUUAGAGAGCUGGGUUUGGUGCUUGAAAUAGAGCAUAAGCAGAGUUUAGACACCUGUAUGUAAGAAAAUAAUCGAAAAAGGUGAUACUCUACCAUCUGUCUCAUCAUGAAGAAUCUAAAACCUUAUUAGUAUAUACUCUCUUUAAAGUUUCCUCAAUGUCUGAGUGUGGCUGGAGCCUCUUGUGUCUUGCUAAGCUAAACAGCUGUCUGAAUGCAGCCUUGAGUCACCUAAAUUCCACCCAUUGUCACCUAACACACAAACUGCUUUCAGUCCAGCAGUGACCACUGUGCAGUGGAUGGAAGCUCUAAGCAGAGCUGGUAUUUUCUAUCAUGCUAUUAGAGUACUCUCCCAGGGAUUUAAAAGAUGUUAAUUUUAUUUUACCUGAUGCCUAAGGAGUUUCAAGGCAAUAUUACACCCUCCCUGGAGAGUGACCCAGCUACUGGUAUAGCCCUGUAACCACAUAAACAGGGUGUUGUCAUUGCUAUUAAUGUAACUUGUAUUAAUUCAGCAAGGCCUUACUAUGAAGACUCACUGAGCUUUAGUUUUCUGAGCUUGCCUUGUCCCACCUGAAGCUUUGUUUCAGCUGUAACAGUAUCUGUCAAAUGACAGUCUAACUUUGUACAGUUGUGUGCUGUACUGCCUGUAGUUUAAAAUGAUUCUGAUAUAUUUCUGUGGUUAAUGGUUAGUUAGUAAUAAGUAGUUAUUUUGUAUGGAAUGAAUUGAUAUAUAAUUUUAGAUACCCAUCCUUAAACAAAUACAGCCUAAAGUGUUGUGCAAAAUAAGUUUUUAGGGAUAAGAGAAGAAAGAACAAAUACACAGUGUGAGUAAACACACAUUAUGUGUAAAUAAUUAUUUGGCUGUAAUGUGCACUUCGCAGACAAUGAAAAAGGAACAGCAAGUAGAAUGUUUUCGGAAAUGUGUUGUAUUACACUAGGUGGGCUCUAAAGAGAAGAAGGAACAGUCCCCACCAUCAGCAUCCACCAGCUCCUGAUGAACAGCGUGGGACCCUGGCUGUGUGCUGUUGGUCUCAGGACCUGAAGGGGCCAUGGCAAGGUGUGUGCAACACUAGAGGAAGGGGUGACAGACAGAAGGGAGUGUAUGAGUAACUAGUUGUAUUAUGUUAGAGGUUUUAUUUAUACUGUGCUAGAGGUUUUAUUUUCUCUACAAUAAUUGGAUGAUUUAGACUGUUAAGACUGUGACUGGACUAAAGACUGAUUACUGUUAAGAUUUUGGACUAACUGUAAAACGUUGGUUUCUUAUAUAGAGUGGUUUUAUGGGGUGUAAUUUGCACAGGGGUAGUGCAAUACCAGGCUUUAAAAAUAAAACAUAUGGUAUGUUGUUAGAAGAGGAUCCAUCAGGUUCACUGUUCCUUUUAUCUUCCUUGAAGUAUUCCUUAGUUUAUUUACGGACUGCUUUGUGUAAACUGCUUAGUUUGGCAGAGUAACCUGUCCUUGCUGCCAUGCUUGCCAGUUGCUGCCUUUCAUGUUUUGUUGUCCCUUCUACUGUACAAAAUGUUAUUAUCCUUCACUGAUCUGUCUAAAUCAGAAGCCUAGUUCCUAGUAAACUUCCUUUCCACUUGCAGUCUUGAAAUACUCAUGGUAAUUGCAUUAUGUCAACAUCAAACUUCUGUCUUUGGUAUCUAGUUGGCAGAAAGAAAAAUAAAGGCUUCCACCCUUUAACAUGCUUAUUUGCUGAGAUUUGUUUAAACCCCUGAAAUGCUGAAGGAUCUGCACAGUUUGGAUUGGACAAAGGUUCUGAUCAGUGGGUGUUAUUCAAUCCCCCAAGAAACCUGAACUGUUUAGGUAGGUAAAUUGAUUGGAAUACAGGUAUAAAAAUGGUUGGGAUAAUGUCUACAGUGAAUUGUAGCUGCAAAAUAUAUAGGAGUAGAUACCUAAAUAAUAGCUCGUUAACAGAGGAAAUACUGAAAGGCUUUAGAAGUGAUUUAGGGUAGGUAAAAAGUAGAUCAGUAGCUGGAGACUUAAAGGUGGUAUCAGCAUGUAUCAUUUGAGGGAGAGCAGGACUUGGUGAUUAGAUGCAAAAAGAAGGAAAAUGUGUGACUUAUCUUAAAAAUUACAGCUACAAUGAAAGGAUCACAAGAUGCUGUGUUUCUAGCUGAAACGAAAGUUUUCAACUAAGUCAAAGAUGUUUUGGCACAUAAUCAUAAACCUUAAUUAAGAAGGUUCAUGAACAUGGGAUAAUGAAAAAGACAUCAGUAUAGCAGAAGCAAAUGUGGCACAACCUUAAUACUUAUUUUUUUGGAAGAAUAUUACAUUCUACUCAGGAUCAGGGUUGUAUCGUGGGAGGUGUUAUGCAAACAGAAAGUCUCUACUGUGCUCAGUGGCAGGACUUACAAAGUGAACUGCAAUAAAAAUCAACUUAGAAGAAAUGUCUUUGCUCAGACUGAACUAGUCAAAUGGAUGCAUGAACUACUGGAUGAAGUGUAAUGGUCUGUGUUGCGCUGUUCAAAGUAGAUUAUCUGGCUGGCCCUUUUGGCCAUUAAAGUCUAUGACACAUGGAUUUAUUUUUAUGCUUAAUAAGAAUGUAAUCUUCUGCGCUGUGAAUGGUCCUUGGUUCAGACAGCUACUCUAGCGCUUUUGGGUCUCUAAGAGAGACUGAAGAGUUAGAAAUGUGUGAUUCAGGCAGUUGGUGUUCAGGUCUUUGACGUGUCAGUGGUUUGGCCAGCUACAAUUUUCAGAGAAAUGCUUGGCAGAAAAAUAGCAGGAAACCUGCGGAAUGACUGAUUCUACUCUGGUCUUUGACAUUGGAGCAUAAUUAAAAAUACGUGAAGUUCUGAACAUGCUGUAGGUAAAAAGCAGUAAUAAUUGCAAUUGCUACGUGACUUUGAAUGGAAGAAAAGGAGAAUCCUUGUCAACUAUGGCUUAGAAAGGAGGCAAGGGAUUUCUUACAUAGUCUCUCAGUUAAAUCAGGAGGCACUGUUGAAGGUAAUGGUUUUAUCUACAGUGAUCACAUUUUUCUCCUUAUGAUGUCCUGAGGGGUGGUUGUAAAACUGCCUCCUUCAGGCUCUAGCAUUACCAGAAAUACAAUUUUUUACAGUUGAGUGAACUUUUCACAGGAUUUAAGUAUUGGGCUAUGGUCUUCUCAUACUUUUAUCAUUAUUGCACUAUAUAAAGAAUAACAAUUGCAAAUAUCUAAAUCAAUAUACAAAUCCGAAAGAAAAGUAAAUCAAAUUAUUUAAAUAUAUGUUUCAAAUCAGUUGUAGAGUGUGUAAUUUACAAUAGUUGAAUAUGUUGGUAGUGCAGCUAUAGUAAUGUGGCGAGUGCAAGCAUAUGUGAAAGCAGUGCUGUACUCCUCUUCCAGUCUAUUUCUCCUCGGUGUGUUUAUUAGAUGUGUAUUUCUCCCCUCUUUACCAUUCAUUUAAAAAUGGUAUAAUUUUGUUUUGUAAAAAUUUCAAAUGUUUUAUGCAUUGAAAAAAUACA